AUGACUCCCACUUAUCAAAAGGUCAACUUGGAGCCCCACCCAGUUAACUUAUCCAGCAACUCAACUAAGGCAAUGCCCUAUUUUCCAAGUUCUGAGCUGCGUGGAUUUACUUUGGGAGGUCAUGGUACUUGCGCUGGUACCUCAAUUCCCAUCGGCCGUCACACCUUCGGGCCAUCGGUCUCAGGUAUGGCUCCUCGUGUUUCUGCUCUUGAAUGUCUCUUUUCGGAUGCCCAUCGGGCGCUAACGACACCUGCUUCCUCACCCAUAGCACUGACGGGCCUGGCAUCUGUAUCUGAGGCGUCUAUUAGUGAAGCUAUUACUUCUAAACCUCACGCUUUUACAGACUCUUCCAGUCAUAAUCAAAGCAAAAUUCUAAGAUCAGGCGCUCCCACCACAUGCACAUCUGGUAUGCAAUCUUAUCCUCGACAGCACCUUCCAACUCUAAGCACUGUUAGUGCCAUCACUGAUGUCAUGUCAUCUACAUCGACAAUGAAUGCUACAGGAACUGUUGCCUACAGCAUGGCUAAUAGUCGAUGCACAAAACCACUGAAAUACACUGGCUCUUCUAGUGAUUCGUCUACUUACAUACAACCAGCCAAGUCACCCGGUCAUUUCCAACUAUCUCCUAAUGUCAAUUCGGCUUCACCUGCUGCAUUCCAUUCACGUCUCUCCUCCUCUUUGCAGCCCCAAGCUGAGAAUGUGAUUAAUGCAGUUAGUACUUCGAAUUCAUUGCAACCUAUACUAAUGCCCUCAUCGCAGGCGCCUCAAAUACAUUCGAGGCUACAAAACCAAGCCUCGCAAAGUACUCAACCCGAAAAAAAAGUAGCUCCAGAUUUUUCUUCUUCAGAUUUCCUCUCCGCUAGCCUGCUUAGUUCCCCACGCUGCGGUUACGAUUACCUUGGAAAUCCUCAGGCUGGCACUCGUCUGGCUCAUUUGCCUGCGCCCUUGGCCUCGGGUAUAGGAACUCUACCUCGAACUCAUCAUCAUUAUCAACAUAGUCCUAAACAGCAGCAAUCGCAAGGUUUGGGCUACUCAAUUACCGACCGGCGUCUCUAUGAACCCCAUUCCGAUGCUUUCAGACCCCGGUUGUCCUCACAACUUGAGGCUCCUAUUCGAGGGCAGCAGAUGCCUACAGCGGCUGGU